GUUCUCUCCCACCAUGCACCGUGAGCAGGUACCGGCUGAUGUCGGACUUCUGACCUUCUAGAGUAGAGGUAGAAUUCUCUCGUGUAAGAACUCUAAUUCAUCAUGGCACAAGUGCAAAGGAAUGUCUGCUUGAUUGUCAUCGAUGGCUGGGGCAUCUCUGAAAACAAAGAAGGAAAUGCCAUUGCCAAUGCUACAGUGCCAGUCAUGGAUGCAUUUUGUACUGGACAAAAGAAUGCUUAUACCACCCUAGAUGCAUCUGGUUUGUCAGUUGGCUUGCCUGCGGGACUUAUGGGUAAUAGUGAAGUAGGACAUCUGAAUAUUGGAGCUGGAAGAGUUUUGUACCAGGAUAUUGUGAGAAUUAACAUGACCUCUGAAAAUAAGGAGUUUUCAAAAAAUGAAGUUUUUGCUGAAGCAGCAGAAAAAGCCAAGGUUACAAAUGGAAGGUUUCAUUUAUUGGGUCUGGUCAGUGAUGGUGGUGUCCACGCCCACAUCAAUCAUUUAGAGUCAAUGAUUGAUGCUGCUAAGGAACUUGGUGUUCCCAAGUGCUAUGUUCAGUUUUUUGCUGAUGGAAGAGACACAUCUCCAACCAGUGGAGUAACAUAUGUAGAACGAGUUUUGAAGAAGCUGAAGGACGUCAAUUAUGGCUCACUGGCCACAGUCGUAGGCCGUUACUAUGCUAUGGACAGAGACAAGCGCUGGGAGAGAAUCCAGGUUGCUUAUGAAGCUUUGGUGCAAGGAAAGGGUGAAGAGACCACACCAGAUAAAGUUAUUGAGGUUAUCAAAGGUCGCUAUGAAGCAAAGGGAGACAAGCAUGAGACAGAUGAAUUCCUAAAACCUAUUAUUGUGGAUCCUGAAGGAAGAAUAAGAGAUGGAGAUGUCCUUUGUUUUAUCGACUUCCGUUCAGACAGAAUGAGACAAAUCAAUGAAGCUUUUGGAAUAAAGCCCCCAUUUGAAACAAGUGCUAUUCCUUCCAACCUUCAUCAAAUUACCAUGACACAAUACAAAAAGGAAUUUCCCUUCCCAGUCAUGUUUCCUCCUGUUACUCCAAAGAAUGUCCUAGCAGAAUGGUUAUCUGAGUACAAUGUUCCUCAGUUUCACACUGCUGAAACUGAGAAGUAUGCACAUGUAACAUUCUUUUUCAAUGGUGGUGUGGAGAAACAGUUUGAAGGAGAAACUAGAGCAAUGGUUCCUUCACCAAAAGUGGCCACAUAUGAUUUGAAACCUGAAAUGAAUGCUGAAGGAGUUGGAGAAGAGGUGUGUAGAGCUGUAAAAAGUGGCAAGUACCCAUUUGUGAUGUGCAACUUUGCUCCACCUGAUAUGGUUGGUCACACUGGCAAAUAUGAGCCCGCAGUCAAGGGUUGUGAGGCAACUGAUAAAGCAAUUGGUGAGAUUUUCAAAGCUUGUGAAGAAACAGGUUAUGUGUUAAUGAUAACAGCAGAUCACGGUAAUGCAGAGCAGAUGUUUAGUGAGAAAGGCGGUCCUCAUACAGCACACACUACAAACAGAGUUCCUUUUAUUAUGACUGGUGGACUGAAGUUCAAAGAAAUUACCCACAAUGCUGCUCUGUGUGAUGUUGCUACUACUGUAUUAGAUGUAAUGGGUCUCCCUAUUCCAGCGGAGAUGGGUGGACAGUCACUACUAGCCAAGUAGGGCGUGGCUUUCUUCAAUAACCACACAUGGUCAUCUGCUUCGCAUCUUUAUAGAUAACUUAAGAUGUGCAUUUCCUGAAAGUAACUGCUAUAAAUCAAAGACGUUUAUAUAAUUUUAGUUUUCUUAAGAGACAAAAAAGUGUGAGCUGUGUUUCAAAGAGAAUAAUGAUAAGUGCUGUGAAUUUGAAGUACUCCUUGCUUUAAAGGGCAACAGAAUCCAGGGUUUACUUUUUAAAAAAAUGUUAAGUGACAGGGUGAUAAAACAAUGAAGAUGAUCUUUAGUUAGAGUCAUACUUUAUGAGGGUUGCCAAUAUUUAUUUAAAUUUUUA